ACUGAACCAAGUCAAAUUUUAUUGAAAUGACAUUAUCAAAAACAGUAACUGCAUGUUUCUUUUCGUGAACGUCUCUAAGUAGUUUUGGCUGUGCUGGUUCUGCUUGAGGUCCUCAGAGCACCUGGCAGGAUCUGGAUUAUUAUGGACCCUGAAGUUCAGAUUUGGCAAUGCUCUUCUCUUUUCCUUCUUUUUACAUUUGCUUAAUUAAAGUAGGAACUAGCCUUUAACACCUAUUGACAUCCAUUCGCGAGAUUGCACGCGCUUUUUGGGAAUGCAACUUGCACGUUGAUUUCCAUCGGGCGCGGUGGUGCGCAUUGAUAAAUAUCUCAUUAGCAGGGAAUCGAGGCUUUCCGAGCGGCGGAGCCCUGCGCCUCUGCAUUCAUCCGUCAGUGUGCUGCUGUGCUACAGUAGGACGCGGCUCUUUGUGCACUUUGCUCUCAGUUUAGUGUCAGGCUGAGCUGUGGGGACUCCCUGUUGGAGGAGCUGACAGAAUGGACGGACAGUAAACGCAUCUCUCUGGGUUGCUGCUCUCUCUAUUUUUCUGCCGAAGGAUUUUUCAUCUUUAGUCACUGUUCAGUCUCUAUUGGCAACCCCCGGGGACACCUGUCGCGUGUCAGGUUUCAGCGAUGAGAGGACGAUGGAGCUCACAUUCCAUCCCUGUAUUGGUCUCUUUGAUCGUACUGUGGCAGACACGGUCAAAAGCAGAUUCCAAUUCAACACGUAACGUCAAAGACAUCACAACCUUCACUAAGAUCCUGGACAGUCUGCUGGAUGGAUACGACAACAGGCUGAGACCUGGCCUGGGAGACCGAGUAACCGAAGUGAAGACUGACAUCUAUGUGACCAGUUUCGGUCCAGUGUCUGACACAGAUAUGGAGUACACCGUUGAUGUUUUCUUCCGUCAGAGUUGGAAGGAUGAGCGGCUGAAGUUCCACGGACCAAUGAACAUUCUGCCUCUCAACAACCUGAUGGCCAGUAAGAUCUGGACCCCUGACACCUUCUUCCACAACGGCAAGAAGUCGGUCGCCCACAACAUGACCAUGCCCAACAAGCUGCUGAGGAUCAUGGAGGACGGGACCCUUCUCUACACUAUGAGGCUAACGGUUCAAGCUGAGUGCCCCAUGCACCUUGAAGACUUCCCAAUGGACUCUCACUCAUGUCCUCUCAAGUUUGGCAGCUAUGCCUACACUAAGACAGAGGUUACUUACAUCUGGACUCGUAAUGCCUCCAAGUCAGUGGAAGUGGCAGAUGACGGAUCCAGACUCAACCAGUAUGACUUGGUGGGCCAGACUGCGGGGGAGGAGACCAUUAAAUCCAGCACUGGUGAAUACACGGUCAUGACAGCUCACUUCCAUCUAAAGAGGAAGAUCGGCUACUUUGUGAUCCAGACGUAUCUGCCCUGUAUCAUGACGGUCAUCCUCUCCCAGGUCUCCUUCUGGCUCAAUCGAGAGUCGGUGCCAGCCAGAACUGUCUUUGGUGUUACCACAGUUCUCACCAUGACAACCCUGAGUAUUAGUGCCCGUAACUCACUGCCCAAGGUGGCCUAUGCUACAGCCAUGGACUGGUUCAUCGCCGUCUGCUACGCCUUCGUCUUCUCUGCACUAAUCGAGUUUGCUACAGUCAACUACUUCACCAAGCGAGGCUGGGCCUGGGACGGAAAGAGUGUCGUCAGUGAAAAGAAAAAGGAAGCGUCGGUCAUGAAGAAGAACAACGCCUACGCUGUAGCCGUGGCUAACUACGCUCCCAACAUCACAAAGGACUCCACGCUACCCACCAUCUCCAAGUGUGCUCUGAGCGAUCCCAACCACAAGACCCCAGCGGAGAUGAAGCCUGAACAGAACAAGAAGACCUUUAACAGCGUCAGCAAGAUCGACCGCAUCUCCCGCAUCAUGUUCCCCGUGUUGUUUGGGAGCUUCAACCUGGUCUACUGGGCCACCUACCUGAACAGAGAACCAGUCCUUGUGGACGCGGGUCCUUCCAAAUGAACUGUAGGAAAUCACUUCAAACACAAUUCAGCCCGUUCAGGACUAACUUCUGUUGGUAUUCCUUUUUGUCAGCCAGAAGCGGUUUUCCAUGCACGGAGAAUCCCCUUCUCUCAGUCCUUGCUGAGUACAGUUUGGGAUUGUUGCAGGUAAACAUUGUAACUGGGUGUCGAAUAACCCUGAGAGCUUGUAUUACAGGAGUGAGCCAGGCAUCUUUACCUGGUCAUUGUCAAACAAGAUACUUUUAGUUUCAGCUGGCCGAACUGUGAGAAAACGAAAUGUUUAUUUCUUUUUGGAUCUCAAAAAAAAAAAAAAAAAAAAGAGAGAGAAAAAGACAUUUCCUGAUUUAAAAGUCAUCUUGGUGGACACGGUCUGUUCCUGUAGUCCUUAUUAGUUUGUUUCCAGAAGGUUGAUCAAUUUGGAUUUAAGAACUGUGGGGUGGGAGCUCGGAAGAGCAAGACCACUCCAUCCAACCCAGGAGUCUCCCUGCAGAAAAAUACAUUUCCUUCUAAAUAUGGCAUAGAAUUAUAAUAGGAUACUAUUUCAUUUAUUAUAUGCAUUUAAAAAAAAACUAAUUUAUCAACACAGUCUAUGAAACAGAUUAUCUAAGGAUCCUUUUCUCAUAAAUGUGUAACGUUGGGUUAUGGAAGUCAGAAUUACAGGAAAGACUCUCUGAAUUUUAUGUCACCGUGUCCAACAUUUUAAUAUCUUAACACAAUGGUUUUGUCAUUAAUUAACUUCUGCAUUCAUGAGACAGAAGGGAGUUGAGAGGCAGCAAGUCAGCACAUUGCUCCUCAGUGUAGCGGAAAGAUAUCUCUAGAAGGUAGUCUGGUUCUGUCCCAUUACCAUCCAUACCACAUCAGACUAUUUGCUGGGAAACAUAUUCCACAAUCACUCCCGGGUCACAUGGUGCUUUGCCGCUCCCUCUGUAGCUUUUGUACAGCUUUAUAGAAUUUUGUCUUCCCCCACACGGACUGCGUCACACUGGGGGAGAUGAUUCUGACUGGAUACAAAUGUGUGAGAAUCGGUGUCUGUGUGUAUGAAAUAUAUAUAUAUAUAUAUAUAUAUAUAUAUAUAUGUGUGUGUAUCCAAGUUUUUUCUUUAAGAUUUAUUGUAAUCGUUUUUUAUACGCAAUGUAGCAGAAACAACCUAGAAGAGCAUAUUGUGUCUGUAAUACUGCAUUCAUUGAACUUUUGUGUAGUCUUUGUGUGAAAGUUUAAAAAAAAAUAUUAUAAACCCUGUGAUUCGUUUAAUCCACUUUUCCACUUAGAUAUGUUUCAGAGAAGUCAUAGUUCUAGUUAUCACUAUCUUUUCCACUUUGAACACUUGGCCACAUUUAUUAUAUAUAUAUAUAUAUAUAUAUAUAUAUAUAGAGAGAGAGAGAGAGAGAGAGAGAGAGAGAGAGUGUGGAAGCUAUUUCUGAAUCAUAUGAUCGCUAGCACAAACUGAUGUUCAGUGACAUUCACUGAUAACAAAUCUCAGUGUCUUUCUGUUUUUAGCUGGGCAAAACUCAGAUACCUCAAACAUAACUCAGAAACUUAGAAACUCAGAACCUUCAGAGCCAACAUGUGUGAAAACAAACAGAAAAGAGGCCAAAACUGCUAAGAAGAACCCCCUGCAGGGGGCCAAAGAGGUGCACCUUCUAAAAUGUGUCUGUCUAGCCUUGUCUUAUUGGGUGUCAACGGUGGGUGGGUGACCCUUGUUUAUUGUCAGUGUUGUGUUAGUCUCGCAUUGCCAGACCUUCAACAGCGCUGCGGAAGAAGGUCUGGCAAGUCCACACAACAUUCCAGGAUAGGAGAAAAAUGUACUUCAUGUGGUUCAUUGGCUUUUCUCUAAAAGGUCUUGGGUGGCGCUAACCUCCGCACGGAGCUACGGUGCCACUGUAAAAUAGCCUUGAAAAAGGAACUUUCGGUGGAACAUGCAUACAUUCAAAGGUUGUUUUAGUCGUGCAACAGAAAACUCCGAUUGGACAGAUAGUCUAGCUAGCUGUCUGGAUUUACCCUGCAGAGAUCUGAGGAGCAGGUUACCAAAGUCCUCAGAAAUCCACCCGAGUUUAGAACGUCAACACAAAGAAUGCAAAAAGGGACAGACAUACGGCCAAAAAUAUGUGAAACGUCGUCGAUAUGUACUAAACUCUCGCCAAAGACUAAAAACCAGGCAUUCAGCCUUUCUCUUGUCCAGUCAUUCCAUUUCUCCAUUUCUCUUCUAAGCUUCCUCCUUGUCCUCGUCGGUCUCUUUGCUUCUGCAAGGAUGUCUGUAGAGGCUGCUGAACCUGGUUGUGUUACAUGCUCACCCGACUCCAAUUCUGUCACACUGCCCCCCCCAUGUAUACGCCAACACUCACCCGGUGCCCAGUCCUGACCUGACAGCUUGGAUAACUGAGCUACCCAACUGACGGUGGCUCCAGUUAGCAGCAGUUAGCGGUUAGUGGUUAGCCGUAGCACCACUUUAGCAACAAGUAGAGCUUUCCCUUCGUCAAGAAACUCCAUAAAUCACCAAGAGUCAAGGAAUAGCUGCCGGAGGUAGAAAGAGGGAAAAUAUUUUCUUUAUUAAAUCUUACGCAGUUUUGCCAGUUUUAGUGACGUGGUGCAUUGAAGCGCUAAGCACCAUCCCCUGGAAGAUCAAUCACACUCGCCAAAGUUACACAAGUGUUUGAGUGGAAAUGUCAGAGGCACGAUUCUCCGUAAUACAGUAUCAACGUGUAUGUAGUAUCAAAGUGAUUUUGCAGCAGUUAUUUCUUUCAUUGAAACACUCAGUGUCUUUGGGAUUUGUUUUACUGGGAGAAUCUUGCAGAAAUGGUUAUGCCUAAAUACUGCCACCCCCACUUGGCCCAACAAGUAAUCUAGUGUCUACAUAUUCUACCACACCCUGCUGCUACCUGUGAACCCCACUCCUAACAACCUACCCCAUCAUCCACCUGUGUGCUUCGUACAUGUUUUCACAUUCAAAGUUGAUAUUAGUGUGCCCCCUCAAAUGGAUGGAUGGAUGGACACAACCUUUUCAUUAAUAUGAAAGUCACACAUUCAGAAAAUUCUACUUUAACAGAAAGUUAAUUGACUGUUAAAAAAGGGAACCCAGUCCCAUAUGAAUCACUUGUGUUUCUUUUAUGUCUCAAGCUUGGGUCAAUCUACUGUGGCCCACAAUCCAAAAACAACCAUUUUGAAACCCGUAAUGAUGAUAUUCCACUUGUUUUUCUUCUGAAAAUCUGCUAUGACCCUAAGGCCCCGAAGGAAAUGCGUGAAUGCUUCCUCCAGGAAAGGAAGCUGCCUUACAAUCACCGAAAGAUGAUGGCACGCAAAUGUGAAUAAAUGAGUUUUACUGUUAA